AUGGAUCGAUUGUCUAACAAUACUUUUACUUAUCCGAUGAGCGCACGACCCACACUGAAUAGAAUUAAGGCUCACUCCCAGCUUCACAUUAACAGAACCUCUUCCUCAGCAGAGAGCCAGCAUCAUAUUCUUCCUUGGUACCGCCAAACGCAGAGACCUGCAGAACAGUUUCCCCUUGAUUGGAAUGUGCCGCUUCUUCCCGAGCUCUCUUCCAGCUACUCCGCACCGCAGUCCUUCCUUCAAGAUUUGAAUUCGGCACUGCCUCAGCACACCACGAGAGGUUACCAAAAUGGGGCCAGAACAGUCUCACUGGCGGACUCACCCUACUACAAAACUCUCUCAGGUGGGUUCCUAUCACCUAAACAUCUCCUUACUGAGGAAAGUGACAUCUCAAGACGUUGAUUGUGAGGUCUAUAAAUUUCUCGCGCCGGUGCUAAAUCCAUUUGUUCCGGCAGCGAGAAAUACUCUUAAGGCCGUUCUUUCCUCCUUCAUAUUCGACCGCCAACGCACAAAGUUUAUUUAUCCUGAAAACUUGCAAAUUAAGAGCAUUGCCCUUUGCUCCUGUCGUGAAAAAUCCGACUCAUCUUGUCAGCUCGAAGAUAAAUAGUAAAGCUGAUCUUUAACUCGCUAGGUAGCUAAGUAUAUAAAUCACCAAUCGACGCCUUCGUCAGUUUGCUCGCUUCGCGUGGAAGCUUAGGGUGCAUAAGGGCUAAUUCAGAGACCUAACACGUUUAAAAAAUGGGGCAAGGGGAGGGUAAGUUCAACGCGUGCUGUCCGUUUUGGACUUCAAGACCACUCAGGCCCGACUGGGCUACGGUAUUUCCGAUCACUGUGUGAGAGCCGGUUUAGUUCAGCAUGCGUCUACUGUGUUUACUAUCCAAGAACACUGAUCGCCACGAGACGAACUUAAACUGAAGUUAAAAGUUUUCCUGCUGCAUGAGCUGGUUCAAGUUUGCGCACAUUCAGUUCCUAAUUUCAUUAUCUCAAGGAUGUGAAUUCUGGAGCAGUGAUAUGCAUGCGGCACAAGCUUUGCUAUCGUGUGGUCUUUGUUGGUGGGUUCUACCUACUCGUGGGUCUCUCAGAACUCAAGAAAAUCGAUUCAUUCUUAAGAUCUUUACCGAUUUAACACGCUUGUUGACACAAGAAUGUAGAAAAAAAAGUGGAUCAUGAUGAGAUGUUUGGAUCUAGCCCUUUUCGGAGCCCUUCUCGAUUUCAACGGUCAUUCGACGCUCAUUUUUGGGUGUGACCCUGAAGGGCAGCGUUUUGGAACAACGUUAACACUCUCGCCAAUUUGAGCACGAUUUUUCAUCCGCGUUUGCCGUUUCAAUGAAGAAUUACUAUUAAGUGAGAAAGACGAGUCGUGAAAUGCUAUUUUCAGAGGUAGACGUCCUGAAAUGAUUCUCAAUUGAGGGAGACAACUUUCGUAACAACUCAUAUCUUCUCAUGAAAGAACGAUUUGUUUGCAAGUUAGAUUGAUUUAUGUUCUUUGGAUCGAUUUAUAAUGCUGAAAAGCUACCCGUGUGUAGGGUAAAGGUAAGAGUUUAAAUACUUAACAAAUAACGGAAAAUAUCCUGGAGGUGAAACCUUGUUAGGGUACUUCACGCCACAACCAGAAGACCACAAAUCUUUCCGUAGUUUCACAGCGACGUCCACAACUAUUUAACACCAUGGUGUUCGUUCUACGAGACACACGAGAUGAGUGUUAGUUUCUAUCUUACUCAUGUUAAGUCAGCACUCGUGUUAAAAACAUAUCAAUAACAGUUCGUCAUUCUUUCUUGACGAGACCUGUUUUAAUUUAUCAAGCUCAAUAAAGUCAAACUUGUGUUUUAUUCAAAGUCAAACAGGAUUGAAAACCAAAAUGGCUGACAAAACAGCGCUGGAAUUUUUCUCGCCCUUUUCAGGAAGCGGUCUUUAAUGGAGGGAUCAGUGAACAAUAAAAAGAUAUUAAACGUUCAUUUAAAAAAAAAAACCUUUUAAUCAAAUUAAUUAAAAGCACGGUAUCAGGCGAAUUUUUGCUGAUUUUCUAAUUAAGUGUUGUUGGUUGGUUUGAGAGACUAAAGUAGGCAGCAGAUGCGAGCCGAUAUCAUAACCAAAACACUCUCCUGUCCAAGUUUUCUUCAAUACAGUCGCGGAAUUUUAAUCCUUAGUUGAUUUACGAUCCGUCAGUAACAAGUCCAAACGGAUUUACAUUGUCAGGGAAAUUUCCGUGGCUAAUCUCAGUCACCUUCGAUGUUUUGCUUUCAUGACCAAACUGCUUGUUGACUGAAAAAGUUAACACGUCAUAUAGUGAACUUUACAGGGCUGAAUUACUGCUACUAUCUUAGUUCCCUUUUUCAUUGUUAUUAGUAACCUUAGUGGUGAAGACAAAUCGCCAAAAUUUACUCUACAGCAUCUUCUUUCUUUUAUUUUCUUGGCAGCAGACAACAGGCCGAAAGGGCGAGGGAGAGAGUCGUGGAGUUCUGCAAAGGUUCGUUCGCGAUCGAGAACAGCUUACACAACAAGACAACAAGUCGAGUUAGAGAAAGAAUUCUUGUUUAGUCGAUACAUUAACCGAGCGCGCAGAAUUGAGUUAGCCAAGUCUUUAAGUCUUUCUGAAAAGCAUAUCAAGAUCUGGUUCCCAAACAGAAGAAUGAAAACGAAGAAAAACGAAGCAACUUUCGAGGGAGGCAAGACCAGUCCUAAUGAAAUACGAAGACUGUACAGCAUGGCGGACGAAUCGGACUGA